GUGGAUGUAUGCGUAUAAGCUCGCAUAAUUUUUCCUCUUCGCCCGCCAUUGUAAUCAAAUCUUCUUCUGUAAACAUAAUAUACUUGAAUUAAUGUACAAUACUUGCAAUGUCGCCCCCACCGACACCGCGUAGUAUUGCGCGCAUCGGUGCGUCGCGUAUCAAAAACUAGGACGACACAUUUGGCUACGCAUCGACGCAUAAUGGCGGCCGAAGCGUAGCGAAGCGUAGCGUUUCAGACGCGUACGCGUACCGAUGCGUUGACUAUGAAAGGGCCCUUAGACUCUCUGCUAAAUGUUUACCUGCAUAUUCAAAAUAUGUGCGAGUCAGAGGGUGCUAAGGUGGGACGUCCAUCUUCGUUGCUUCCGAUAUGUACUAUUGAAACUUAUCUCUCAAUGGGUCAAACUGCUGGAAACAUCGCAAAGUUGUUUGGUGUGUGUGAAAGAACUAUUCGUAACAGAAUGACGCAGCAUGGUUUAAGAGUAAGCGACCUGUUCUCAACUUUGGAAGACGUUGAACUGGAUGCUGUGGUAGAAGAUAUACUAAAACGUCAUCCCAAUUCUGGGUAUAAAAUGAUGGUUGGACAUCUCACUGCACAGGGCAUUCAUGUACAGAGGCGACGUGUUCAAGAAUCCAUGCGAUGCGUGGAUCCUCAGGGUGUCUUAAUGCGCAGUCUUCAGCUGAACCCUCGGAGGCGUAGAAAAUACACUGUCCCUGCACCCAACAGUUUAUGGCACAUCGAUGGUAACCAUAAGCUAAUAAGGUGGCGUAUUGUCGUUCACGGUGGCAUUGAUGGCUUUAGCCGUCUAAUCGUCUACUUAAAAGCUGCCACCAAUAAUAAAGCUGCUACAGUCCUGACAAGCUUUUUAGAAGGUGUCAGCCUGUUUGAUGUGCCAUCACGUGUAAGGUCAGAUAAAGGUGGGGAGAAUAUAGAUGUUGCUCGCUUCAUGGUGUCCACCAGAGGAGAGAACAGAAACUCGCACAUUACAGGGAGGAGUGUCCAUAAUCAAAGGAUCGAAAGGUUGUGGAGAGAUGUUUAUGCUGGAGUGCUUGAUCUCUUCUAUACAAUCUUCACCAACCUUGAGAAUGAAGGGCUUCUGAAUCCAGAUGAUGAAAUGCAUCUCUAUGCACUGCACCGGUGCUUCAUGCCACAUGUAGAGAAACACCUUCAGUUCUUUCAGGAUGGCUGGAACCACCACAAGUUGUGGACCGAAGGAAACCGGUCACCAAUACAGCUCUGGGAAAGUCAUCAGCCUGAGGCAUUGCAAGACCCUAACCAGGUAGAUGCCAUGCAAUAUGGCAUUGACUGGACAGAGCCAUGUGGUCAUCACGAACCCGGUGUAGUGAUCCCUGAAGUACAAAUGCCACAUCAACUCACACAGCAGGAUGCUGAGAGGUUCCCAGACCCAGAUGUCCCUCUGGCUGAUGUGUUAGAGGUCUACAGAGAGACUGUAGCUUUAUUAUCAGAAAUGAUAGAUUAGCACAAAUAUACAAGAGAU